GGGGUGGCCGGCACCAUGUCCAUGCUGCCCACGUUCGGCUUCACGCAGGAGCAAGUGGCGUGCGUCUGCGAGGUGCUGCAGCAGGGCGGCAACAUCGAGCGACUGGGCCGUUUCCUCUGGUCCCUCCCGGCCUGCGAGCACCUCCACAAGAACGAGAGCGUGCUCAAGGCCAAGGCCGUAGUCGCUUUCCACCGGGGUAACUUCCGCGAGCUCUACAAGAUACUGGAGAGCCACCAGUUCUCGCCUCACAACCACCCCAAGUUGCAGCAGCUCUGGCUCAAGGCACACUAUAUCGAGGCGGAGAAGCUGCGCGGCCGGCCCCUGGGCGCCGUGGGCAAGUACCGAGUGCGGCGCAAGUUCCCGCUGCCCCGCUCCAUCUGGGACGGCGAGGAGACCAGCUACUGCUUCAAGGAGAAGAGCCGCAGCGUGCUGCGGGAGUGGUACGCGCACAACCCCUACCCAUCCCCACGGGAGAAGCGGGAGCUGGCGGAGGCCACGGGCCUCACCACCACGCAGGUCAGCAACUGGUUCAAGAACCGGAGGCAGCGGGAUCGGGCGGCGGAGGCGAAGGAAAGGUACGAGGAAAACAACGAAAACUCCAACUCCAACAGCCACAAUCCACUUGCCACAUCCCUGAACGGCGGCGGCAAGUCUGUGCUGGGCAGUUCGGAAGACGAGAAGACGCCGUCGGGGACCCCGGACCAUUCUUCCUCCAGUCCCGCGCUGCUGUUGAGCCCGCCGCCGCCAGGACUGCCGCCACUCCACAGCCUGGGCCAUCCGCAAGGCCCCAGCGCUAUUCCAGUCCCCAGCGGAGACCCCCUGCAACAUCACCACGGCCUGCAGGACUCCAUCCUCAACCCCAUGUCUGCCAACCUGGUGGACCUGGGCUCUUAGAGACACUUACCGCAGUCUGGUCCGGCUCCUUUCCUGUCAGCCCUGCUCAGGCCCCCACCUUUCUCCAUGUCCAAGCCCCUCUCGCCCUCUGCCCGCCCUUUCUUUUGAUUCCACAAAGUUUUAUUAGAUUGGCAACUGUAUUUUUGAAAUGAAAGAAGGCAAAGUGAUGAGAAGAAGCCGCUCUGUCAGCCGAGGGCCGUGGGCUGGCGGCGGGUACUGGAGAAGGUACUGUAAAGACCCUGGACAGGAAUGGGAUAACGUCUUAAAGGGGUCGGGCCAGGGCCAAGUGAGGCCGGGAGCUAGGUGCUCAGCACCAGAGAAAGAGGAGAUGAUCGUCUUUAUUUUCGUUGUUGUUGUUAUUGUUGUUUUACUCAAGUGGGUUUUUUUCCAGAUCUUUAGGGCCUGUUUCUUAAACUCGGGAUGGGAAUAAAUUCUGGUCCUGGUACCAGCAGUUUUGUUUCCUUGCCUGGACUUUAACCAUUUCCAGGCUACCUCCCGGAGACUCGACCGCUCUGUCUCUUUCUGUUUCUCUCUCUCUCUCUCUCUCUCUCUCUCUCUCUCUCUCUCU